AUGGCUGUGCAGGCUGCACUCCUCAGCCCGCAUCCAUUCGUCCCCUUCGGCUUUGCGAGCGCCUCGGACGGGCUGGGAGGCGCCUUCGGAGCCCUGGAUAAGGGCUGCUGCUUUGAGGACGACGAGAACAGGGCACCGACGGGCACGCUGGUGGCAGAAGCCGAGGGCGGGGAUGUGCGUGAGGCCACCCGCGACCUGCUCAGCUUCAUCGAUUCGGCGUCCAGCAACAUCAAGUUGGCACUGGACAAGCCGGGCAAGUCGAAGCGGAAGGUGAACCACCGCAAGUACCUGCAGAAGCAGAUCAAGCGCUGCAGCGGCCUCAUGGGCGCCGCGCCCCCUGGCCCACCUUCUCCUGGUGCCGCGGACACUCCCGCCAAGCGGUCGCCUGCAGCCCCCAGCGCACCGACUGUCGCCGUCCCGGCCCAUGGCAAGGCAGCCCCGCGGCGGGAAGCGUCUCAGGCAGCCGCAGCUGCAAGCCUGCAGAGCCGGAGCCUGGCCGCGCUCUUCGACUCGCUGCACCACGUCCCCGCCAGCGAUGAGCCGGCAGGGGGCGCUGUGGUGACGCCCGCGGCCGGGCUCAGCGGGACCAGCGCUGGGAGCGCCGGAGGGGACAAGGUCAGCCCCGCCGGGGGCGCGGUGACUCCGGGAACCAGGAAGGUCCCGCUGCGGGCCCGUAACCUGCCUCCGUCCUUCUUCACCGAGCCAUCCCAGGCUGGGGGCGGCGGCUGCGGCCCGGCCGGGCCCGGCGUGAGUCUGGGCGACCUGGAGAAGGGCGCUGAGGCCGCGGAGUUCUUCGAGCUGCUGGAGCCUGACUACGGCACUGGCAACGAGGCGGGUGUCUUGCUGGCGGCUGAGCCUCUAGAUGUGUUUCCCGCGGGAGCCACUGCCUUACGGGGACCCCCAGAUUUGGAGUCUGGCCUAUUCGAGCCGCCGCCCUCGAUGGUGGGGAGCCUGCUGUACCCCGAAUCCUGGAGCGCUCCGGCUCCUGCAGCCAAGAAGAUGCCAGUGGCUGUCGCCCGUGGCGGUUUGACCUUGAACGAGCCCUUGCGUCCUCUGUACCCGGCUGCUGCAGACUCUCCCGGCGGGGAGGACGGGCCUGGCCAGUUAGCCUCUUUUUCUCCCUUCUUCCCAGACUGCGCCCUGCCCUUGCCGCCUCCUCCGCCCCACCAGGCGCCCUACGAUUACGGCGCGGGCUACAGUCGCACCCCGUACACGAGCCUUUGGAGACCCGACGGGGUUUGGGAAGAGGUGCCGGGGGAGGAGGGGGCGCACCAGGACUGA